AAGACUACACGCUGAGUCUCCACUGAAGACGCCAUCCCGAAUGAACAGGUCAGCCAACGAAUCAGUGGCGGUAGAGAAAGGGGGCGUGAGGAGACUACUCAGAAGCUAGUCACAUAACCACCCUGUUUCCACGUGGGAUAACGUUGCCGAGCCCGACGCUUUCUCACCAUUAUUUCUCCUUUAUCGGCCGUCAGGUUGCUGCCAGUCUCACGUCAACAAGCAGGACCCUUGGACAUUUUUCUUGCCCGAGUCCUCUUUUACCUCCUGCCAUCAUUCAACUCGCUUUGCAUUCAAUUUUUCUUUCCACAACCGGUGUCUUUGUUGAAGCUUUUUCUUGCAUAUUCUUUUCUACAUCUCCAGUCUUUGCACUGCUUACAUCUUUCCCCGCAAUUCCCUUUCUCGAACCAUAUACCCAAACAACUCUUCAAGAUGGAGAAGCUUGUCACCCAGCCCCCGCGCACCAACUUCAUCAAGCUUUCCUAUCCCGCUGACCGCGUCGUGCUCAUGACUAUGAGCCGUGAGAAGCAGCUCAACUGCAUGAACACGGCCGCGCAGUGGGAAAUGGACGCUCUGUGGAAGUGGCUCGACGACGAGCCUAGCUUGUCGAUUGCUAUCAUCACUGGUGCUGGCAAGAAGGCUUUUUCUGCCGGUGCUGAUCUGAAAGAAUGGAACAACUCCAUGGCCGACGACGCUGAUCCGCAGAACCGCAUGGGAAAUGCGCCUGCGUUCAAGCCUCUCAGCCGCCGAUUGGGAAAGAAGCCCGUCAUUGCCGCAGUCAAUGGCCUUGCCAUGGGCGGCGGCUGCGAAUUCGCCGUCAACUGCGACCUCGUGAUCGCUUCUGAGACGGCAUACUUUGCUCUCCCCGAAGUCAAGCGCGGUGUUGCCGCUAUUGGCGGUGCCUUGCCCCGCAUCAUUCGCACUCUGGGCCUGCAGCGGGCUUCCGAGUUCGCCAUGACCGGUCGCAACGUGAGCGCGCAGGAGAUGCACUCGUGGGGACUUGUCAACCGGGUUGUUGCCCAGGAUGAAGUUGUCCCCGAGGCAGUCCGUCUGGCUACGAUGAUUGCCGAGAAUAGCCCUGACGCUAUCAUCUGCACGCGUGCUGGUCUGCGCCAAGGAUGGGAGACUGCCGCUGUCGAACGCGCUGUCGAAGUCACCCUUGAAAGGGAGUUUGCUGCGCUGCAAAAGGGAGAGAAUAUCAAGGAGGGUCUGCGAGCAUUCAGCGAGAAGCGCGCCCCCGUGUGGAGAGAAUCCAAGUUGUAAAUCAUCGACUGUGUACUGAACUAGAGGAGGCAGUGGCCAGUAUCCGUCGAGAGGAUGUCAGAUGGAUGUAUAUGUGGACCCCAGAAAAGGGGAAGGAAAGCAUAUACUUGCAUAACUUUGUAUUAAUGAUCGUCUUCGAUUCGUGGAUUGGGACGAAGACUUGUUGAAAAUAUACCAUAGCAUAGCAUACAGAAAUUCUGCACAGUAGUAUAUUGAAUUUUAAGCAAUAUAUGAUCUAAAUUAUACAGACUGUCACGCGUUAUCCUCUGGAAUUGGGUGCAUUCAUUCAGAGAACGUAGUGAGAUGAUGCUCUUUGCCUUUUUAUUAGGGGAUUAAUAUGGGUGUCGAAUAGAUUGAAUGGUCGGAUUAUAGCGGC